AUGUCGUCCCCCAUUGCCGGCCGCCUCCGCGGCCGCCGGGAGAGACCCCCUACUGAGUCCCAAGCUUUCCCACUCAGAGGAGGGCCGAACCAACAACUCCAAUAUUGGCCUUUCUCUGCUUCAGACCUUUACAACUGGAAACAACAACCCCCCUUUUCCAGGGAUCCUGUGGCAUUAACUAACUUGAUUGAAUCCAUCCUGGUGACUCACAGGCCGACUUGGGACGAUUGUCAGCAGCUCCUGCAGACCCUCUUAACAGUAGAGGAAAAGCAGAGAGUUUUCCUGGAGGCUGAUGACGGGAGGCCAUCCCAACUCCCGAAUGUCAUCGAUGCGGCUUUUCCCUUGACUUGCCCUAACUGGGAUUUCAAUAUGCCUGAAGGUAGGGAGCAUCUACGUCUCUAUCGCCAGUUGCUCUUAGCGGGUCUCCGAGCGGCCGCUAGAAGGCCUACCAAUUUGGCUCAGGUAAGGAAUAUGAUACAGGGAAAGGAAGAGACACCCGCUGCAUUUCUAGAAAGAUUGAAGGAAGCUUAUAGGAUAUAUACUCCAUAUGAUCCGGAAGAUCCAGGUCAGGCUCCAGGUAUUAUCCUAUCAUUUAUCUAUCAGUCUAGUUCAGACAUCAGAGCCAAAUUGCAGCGGUUGGAGGGUUUACAGGCGUUAGGGUUGCCAGACCUAGUGAAGGAAGCAGAGAAAGUAUUCAAUAAGAGAGAAACUCCUGAAGAGCGUGAGGAAAAGAGAUGGCAGAAACAAGAGGAAAGGGAUAGGAAACAGCAUAGGGAGAUAAAGAAAGUUCUGGCCGCCGUUGUAUCUCAGGGACAGCGGAGAGAGGGAGACAGGUCGGGAGAACGAAGGAGGCCACCCCUAGAUAAAGAUCAAUAUGCUUACUGCAAGGAGAAGGGACACUGGGCCCGAGAAUGCCCCAAGAAGCCACAAGGACCCCGCCGGCCCAAGCCCAAGACCGUGGACCUCCUUAGUCUGGAGGACUAGGGGGGUCGAGGCCAGGAGCCCCCCCCCGAGCCUAGGAUAACCCUCAAGAUCGGGGGGCAGCCCGUGACCUUCCUGGUUGAUACUGGUGCCGAACAUUCAGUCCUAACUCAUGCCGGAGUGCCUCUUAGCCGGCAUUCUGCACUGGUGCAGGGGGCAACUGGAAACAAGAGAUAUUAUUGGACUAUCGAGAGAAAAGUCCAACUGGCUUCAGGGCAAGUAACUCACUCCUUUCUGCACAUACCUGAAUGCCCCCAUCCGCUGUUAGGACGGGACCUACUAACCAAAUUAAAAGCGCAAAUCUAUUUUGAUGAGAAGGGACCGAGGGUCACGGGUCCUAAAGGAGACCCUCUACAAAUCCUUGCCCUCAAUUUAGAGGAAGAAUACCGUUUAUUCGAGUCAGAACCCCCGGAGGAGUCACCUACGGAGCUACAGGACUGGAAACCGGGGACAGGGGACUACAGGCCAGUCCAGGAUUUGAGAGAGGUCAAUAAGCGGGUGGAGGACAUACACCCCACGGUGCCUAACCCCUAUAACCUUCUGAGCACCCUCCCACCGACCCACGUCUGGUACACAGGCUUCAAAAACAGCCCAACCCUCUUUGAUGAGGCCUUACAUGCAGAUCUGGCCGGGUUCCGAGUCGAGCAUCCAGCCUUGACCUUGCUCCAGUACGUAGACGACCUACUCCUGGCAGCCAGGAGUCGGGCCGAGUGCCUGGAGGGCACUCGGGCCUUACUGGCCAGACUUGGACAGAAGGGAUAUAGAGCCUCGGCCAAGAAGGCUCAAAUUUGCCAAGACAAGGUUACUUACCUGGGCUACACCCUGAAUGGGGGACAGAGAUGGCUGACGGAGGCAAGGAAAGAAACCAUACUCUCUAUUCCCCCUCCUCGCAGCCCCCGUCAGGUUCGGGAAUUCCUGGGUACGGCUGGAUACUGCCGCUUAUGGAUCCCCGGGUUCGCCGAGUUGGCCGCCCCUCUAUAUCCCCUCACUAAACCAGGGGUAAUGUUCCAAUGGGGAGAGGAGCAGCAGAAAGCAUUCCAACUGAUCAAGAAGGCCUUACUUGAGGCCCCGGCUCUGGGUCUGCCAGAUAUCACCAAGCCCUUUGAACUGUUUGUAGACGAGAACUCGGGUUUUGCUAAAGGGGUGCUGGUGCAAAGACUGGGCCCUUGGAGGAGACCUGUGGCAUACUUGUCCAAGAAACUGGACCCGGUGGCCACAGGAUGGCCCCCUGCCUCCGCAUGGUGGCAGCCAUUGCAGUUCUACUCAAGGAUGCCGGGAAACUGA